GGAAAUGAUCAUUCGCCAUUUUUUUUCUAUCGACGAAAAGUCCGAUGAGUCGGAUGACUGCAAUAAGCAGGAUUAUGUAGGCGAUUCAUUAGUGCAGAAAGGCUUUGUUUAAGGAUCCGAAUUUGACCAAAUCUAUCUCAAUGCGAGUGUUAGAGUCUGAAGCGACACCUUCAUAUACUAUGGGAAAGAACAAGAAGCACAAACUUCGCAAGACCAAGGAGGUGUCGGACUCCUCGGAUGAUGGGCUCGGAGUCCCUCGGUGUAACCACAUCAAUAUGGCAGUGAAUGUAGCAGCCAUGAGGAAAGGGCUGAUGAAGCAGGUGUAUGGGGAAUGUGCUUCUUGUACCAAUGAAACUAGUCGUAAAACCACCUCAGAGGGUGACACUGGUCAGGGGGCAGAGGCCUCCCCCACCCUAGAAGUGGAACCGACUCUGUGGGUGUGUCUACAGUGUGGGAACCAGGGCUGUGAUCGUAACUCGAGAGACAAGCAUGCAUUAAAACAUUACGAGACUCCAAGGUCAAGUUGCCACUGCUUGGUCAUUAAUACCACAUCCUGGACAAUAUGGUGUUACAAGUGUGAUGAUGAAGUGCUGCUAGACCAGAGUAAACGUUUACAGGAGAGUAUUGACGUCAUCAGGAAACAGGCAGGGCUGCCCCAGUCUGAUGUAAUAGGUCGUAAACAGAGUCAAACUGUGAGCUCAUCUAGCAUUGUGGAGCAGGCCUCUAAACCAUCAACGUUGACACCAAGGUCAUCAGGGGUGUGUUCAAAGGUCAAGGGUUUAAGUAAUCUGGGAAAUACAUGUUUCUUCAAUGCAGUCAUGCAGAAUUUAACUCAAACACCAUGCAUGGAAUCAGUGGUAGUUGAGAAAAGUAAGAAGGGACGGUUAAGCACGCUGACCUGUAAAGGGGACAGUGACCUAGAUUCUAGCUCAGGGUCAGAGGAGAGUGAUGAGGAAAUGCCAUUGGACCUUUCUCCAAUAGAGAUAGUUUUAGGAGAAGCUGGACCUCUGACGCAGACCAUGAUUGCAUUUCUGCAGGAGAUGAACAACUCCACCAGUCGAUCUAGCACCGUGAACCCCACCCCCCUCUUCAGUCAGAUAUGUAAAAAAGCCCAACGGUUUCGUGGAUUUCAACAACAGGACAGUCACGAACUUCUCCGUUAUUUGUUGGAUAACAUGAGGAUGGAAGAGAUCAAGAGAGGACAGGCAGGGAUAUUGAAGCACUUCAAGCUACCUGAAAAUGUGAACCCAAAGAAAGUAGAUGAUGAAAUGAAAAUCAAAAUCAAAGAGUAUGGUCGUCAAGUGAAAUACACAUUCAUUGAUUCUCUGUUUGGGGGAUUCUUGAUCAGCACAGUCACUUGUGAGGAAUGUAAAAACAUAUCGCAGAUAUUUGAGCCGUUUUUGGAUCUGUCGUUACCGGUCAUGGAAGAGAAACCCCAGCGACCUAAUCAGAUGAUGGGAGGGCGUAAAAAAGACAGCACAAGCUCUGAACACCAGGAGGAAUCUCUGAUAGAGCACACGGAUCGACCAAGCAAACAUGUAGAGAGGAAAUUAAAGAAACAGGCCAAAAAGGAGGCUAAGAGGAAAGCAAAGAUUGCCAAAAAUCAGAUCUCUCCCUCUGAUGAGCCUAGCUCUAAAUCUGGAGGGGAGGUUGAUCAGGGGGGAGCAGAAAAGGAAGAAGAGGGGGGUUGUAAAGAACAGGAGGAGGAGUCCAGCGACCCCUCAGAUGCUGACGUUGAAGAUAACUUGGAAAGUGAUACCUCGCGAUGUUUUGGUAAACUCGACUUAAAUAAUUCUCAGACUGGGCCUUCAUCCCAGGAAAAACCAGAGGUGGAUCUGACAAGCAGCCAGGGGGUGGAUAGCAUGUCAAGCAACAGUACUGAUACUCUGACCUCAGGAACAAGCACCUCAACAAUCAAACUAGAGGACAUGCCGACUGAAAACAGGAAAGAAAUGACUAAUGCUUCACCUACCAAUCAAAAUCACAGCAAUGGGAAUGACCACAAGUUAUCAGACAGCAGCACAAAACCAACAUUAAAUGGUGAAAGUGAAAACCAUGGUUUGGAAAAUGGCUGUGUUGCUGGUGAAUGCUUUCGUAACAAUUGCGAAGAAAAUGGAGGAUUAGAAAAUGAAGUGGGCUGUAAUAAUGACAUUGACAGCUGUAAUACGGUAAAUGUAGAAUGUGAUUAUGACAUUCCUAAAAUAAAGCACAGAUUGGACAAUGGAAAGGAGGAAACCGUGAUAGAAUGUGAUCGGACUAUGAGUGAAAAUUCACCAUCUCAGAAUGGAACAAAUCGGGUGAACACAGAGGUUACUGUUAAUGGUGAAUCUAUGCACCCCUUCACUACACACAACAACACUUAUGAAGUGACAGCAAAGCUAGGCAACUUAAUUCUAGACGAUUCGUCUUUACUGAGUAAUGGGGACGAUUGUCCAGGGGAGAAGGUGACAGUGGAUUCUACAAGUUGUGGUGGAUCUAACUGUGAGAAAGGGAGUGUUAGCACUCCACCUCUGCAGCAUUCCAAAAAUGAGAAAGAAGUUAAGAAGGAGACCUUAAUGAGGUCAAAGGUCACCUUGGGGUCACGCUAUCAACCGACCUCCAGAGAGUGCACUGUUAUGACAUGUUUACACCAAUUUACCUCAGCUGAGCUUCUGACAGGCAACAACAAGUUUGGAUGUGCUAAAUGUACGCAAAUGAAAUUCAAACAGGGUGUCGUCCGAGAUAAGAAAGAGAGAGUUUAUUCCAACGCAGCAAAGCAGUAUUUAAUUUAUACACCCCCAGCAGUGCUAACUUUACACCUUAAACGAUUCGAACAGGUGGGUUUUAGUUCUCGGAAGGUGAACAGGCAUGUAGAUUUUCCGUUUGUGCUGGAUUUAGCUCCAUACUGCAGUUCUUUGUGUCAGGGAGUAAGGCCAGGUCAGAAGAAAAUUCUGUACGCGUUAUACGGAGUGGUGGAACACAGUGGUCGACUAAAUGCAGGUCAUUAUACGGCGUACGUGAAAGUCCGACCCAACAUCGGCAUCAUAGGGGACUUCCUCAACUCUGCAGCGCCAUCUAUCAAUGAGUGUAUCAAACGCUACUUGGAGCAGCAGAAUAACACUGCCAGUUUGGAGGAACAAGAGGAGACUUUAGUGGACCGCCUGGUACCGCCCGGGAAGUGGUACCACAUCAGCGACAGCCGUGUCAGCGAGACCACAGAAUCCACGGUCCAGCGAGCGCAGGCUUAUCUCUUAUUCUAUGAACGAAUUUAUUAAUGCUAGUUCCGUAAUACCAUUAGUUAGAAAUAUGAAAAAAGUCAUCAAAUAUCUUCAGACUUGUAAUGGAAUAUUUUUUUUUUCAUUGUGUAGUGUUUUAAGAUAAGAGGCAUAUUGUUUUUGGGGGUUGUCUUGUACAAAUGUAAUAUUUUAAACUUGGUCAUAUAAUCUUCAAAUUAUACAAGUUAGAUCUUUUGAACUGAAAGAUGACGAUCAAAGCUUGAUUUUAGAUCAGGGUAAAGUUUAUGUGUCACAGUCAAAUUUGCUACAACAGGACGUAUCUCAGGAGAAUGUAGAAACAGAAUGAAAAAUCGAUGUUCCAUUGACUGAAGUUUAAAUAUGCAUUUCUUUUUGAAUUGUUAAUCUUUAAAGAAUUGUUAUAAGUGCUACAAAACCUUUAUAAUGGUUUUAUGAUUAUAUCAUUAUGAUAAAUUAAGUGUUUGUUGAUGUUGGAUGUGAUCGUGCUUUUAGGUGGAAGGCGUUUAAAUGUUGGUGCAUCAGGUUCGAUACCCCCGUUAUAUACUUACUUAAUUUAUUACACUUACAUGUACUUGUCUGUUGUUGAGCUACAGAGACUAUAGGACAUUAUGAUUAUCACUGUGUAGAGUAGACACACUGUCUGGAUGCAUAUACAGCAUUAAAUCAAGUCUUUCAAGUCUUUUAGCCAAAAAAAAAAGAUGUCUACUUUUGCCUGGUACAUGUUAAAGAUCAUGAAAUAUAUGCACAUUUGUAUGUUUUUGAAAAUGUAGGGAUUAUCGAGGGUCAUUUUGGAAACCAGAUUAUACAGGGAUGUCAUGGACUGAAGGCCUAGUUGUUUUCUGUAAUUUUUACACACCUCUGAAUCUGCAGGACAUGAAGUAACAUCAGAUAUAUAGGCAAUGUUCAUCAGAUAGGCAAAGCUUAAUGUACAGGACGUGUGCAAAAGUGACAUCAGAUAGGCAAGGCUUAAUGUACGGAACCUGUGCAAAAGUGACAUCAGAUAGGGACUGCUUAAUGUACAGGACGUGUGCAAACGUGACAUCAGAUAGGGACUGCUUAAUGUACAGGACGUGUGCAAAUGUGACAUCAGAUAGGGACUGCUUAAUGUACAGGACGUGUGCAAACGUGACAUCAGAUAGGGACUGCUUAAUGUACAGGACCCAGUUGCACGAAAGUUAGUUAACUUUAACUAACAGUUAACUUCCCAUUAACUCUUACAUUUAUAUAGUGUUAACUAAACAUUAACUGUCAGUUAAAAUUAACUAACUUUUGUGCAACUGGUUCCUGGACAUGUGCAAAAGUAGCGACAAAUAGGCAAUUCAAUUCUUGUUUAAUUGAAACUCAAUUUGUUAUCUCCAAGAUGGCUAGAUACUGAAAGUAUUGGAGUUUUUGUUGGCUAUCUUAAUGAAUGUUUUGACAUCGUGAUACGAGUGUGAGUAAAAUUUUAUAACUGUGGUAUAAUAUCCAACAAUGAACUUUAAUCUAUCAGUACUUGUAUAGGUAACAGGGGAGACAAUCAUGGAUACUCUAAUCAAGUAAGCUUAGCAUUUUAUCAUUUGUUUACAAAUAUUCGCUAUUGUUAUGUUUAAUUAAGAUAUGAUGUUAAAACAUCAGUUAUGAAAUAUAUGUUGGAGACCCAAAGUAUGUUGUAUGUAAUAAUUGAUGAAAAGUUGUUUUGCUUUGUAGAUAAAAAUAAUGAAUCUUUUAUCUGUUGACAGAACACAAUGACCAUUUUAUAAAAUUGUUUUGCUACCUUUAUGAGACCUACAGCAUAUGGUACUCCAACAUAUUAUACAUCAUGUUAUUAUGAUUAAAGAAGGAUAUGAAUAAAUUAUUCAUAGAUUAAAA